UCGAUGAGUAAAUAUACAGAUAAGAGAUUAUUCGCUUCAGCCUCAGAUGAUGAUACAAAAACCUCUACAGCAUACCUGUGGUAACAAUUGAUCAAUCUUUUGUUGGCAUAUGUUCAUCCUGUGCGGACUUCCUCGAUAUUGCCUAAAGUCACAAGCAUUAUAAGCACUGGAAUGCAGGACGCGCGUUUCGUCUUAUUUCGGACUCGUCAGUUGGAUGUACCUGCACCUCAGAAUUGAUGUUCACCCUAGGACCAAUAAUCACUCCGAGGUUGAAAGAUAAAUUACCUAGACUAGCCACCUCCUUCUGUAUCUAUCAAUUCAACUGCUCCUGUGGAGCAAGUUAUAUUGGCAGAUGUUCUAGGGAUUUUUAUAUUCGGGCUCGUGAGCACCUACCCGUGUGGUUAAACAAAGGUGUUGUCAAAACUGUUAACAGCUCCAUCUUAGACCAUUUAGUCGAAACAAGACAUACAGCAAACAUGGAGCAAUCUUUUGCAAUAAUCUAUCGUGUCAACAGCAGUCUACCUAAUUCCAUCAGACUACGAAUCCUACAGACGGCUGAAGCAAUUGCUAUUCGGAUCAAAAAGCCAGAACUUUUUAUCCAAAAGAAGUAUGUUCAGCCACUCCUUUUACCCUGGCCAACUAGCCAAUAAUCAAUCUUAUAAUGUGGUGACGUAAUCUGAUUAAUGUUCAUUUUAUGUCUCAAACUUAUUAUUAUUAUUGUCAGUAUGGGGGUUGUGGAGAUUGUUAAGUUUUUGGUUGAUAACCCCUUCUUGAGGAAUUUAUUCAAUAUCCACCCCUGAAUCUACUAUAUUUGACCUAAUUAUUUUACAUAUUACGUAAUUUCCGAUUUGUAAUCAAAAUAUUCUCUCUCUCUCUCUUACCCCAUGUUGACCAUAUUUAUUCUGAUCAUUAUUUAUCUCACAAUUUCAUUUGGCUUAGAAACUGAUUCAAGUUAACACUGCUUUAUAUUAGUCAGUCCUCUCCUGGCUGAUUGUUUUAUGGCGAACCUAGAAAAUUCAGUACUUCGACCAGUAAUUGAAAGAUUUCAUUUAUAUAAAAGAUAUAUGGAUGACACUUUCAUUAUUUGCGAAGAAGACAGUGACCUCAAUGAUAUUUUGAAUAUUUUCAAUAACUGCCACCCAUCAAUCCAAUUCACCUUAGAAGCAGAGACAAACCAAGAAUUUCAUUUUCUUGAUAUCCAUUUAAAAAGAAUGCCUGACGGUUUAUUACAGAGAUCGAUAUACAAAAAACCGACUUGGAAUGGACAAUACACGAACUUCCACAGUUGGGUUCCAUUAGUUAGAAAAAGGAAUUUAAUUCAUUCUUUAUCCUCAAGGAUCAGACGAAUUUGUUCCAAUGACACAAUAGAUGGGGAACUAUUCUAUCUUCGACAAACCCUCAUCAAAAAUGGUUAUCCACCUAGAUUCAUCGAUAGAAACUUGGUACCUAGACCUCAUGACAAAGCAUUGACAGUAGAGAAAAAAACUCUAUUUAUGAAUAUGGAAUUUAAGGGAGAUACGGCUGCUGAAAUCCUAAAUAAACGGAUUUCGAAAUCAUUGAAUAAAACAUUCCACGCAGCGAAGCUUCGAAUCACCUUCUCUAGCCGACCUACCAUUCUGGGGUGUGUUAAGGACAAACUUUCGCCUUGGGCCACUUCAAUGUGUAUCUAUAAAUUUACUUGCUCAUGUGGGGCAUGUUACAUAGGCCGCACAAAGCGAUCAUUAUCCAAACGCAUCUCUGAACAUUAUCCGGCUUGGCUCUUGAAAGGGGAGCGAAAAACAAUCACGAGUUCUAUACAGGAGCACUUAAUCAACUGUGGACAUAUCGCUCCAAAAGACUCUUCGUUUAAAAUAGUUUACAGAGUCAAAGGAACUGGAUCGAAGGGGGUUCGAAUCAAUAUUUUAUGCACCGCAGAGGCAUUGGCAAUCCAAAAACUAAAGCCUGAACUUUGCGUGCAGAAACGAUUUGUCCAACCUCUCAUCCUACCCUGGCCCUAGUUCCCUUAAUGGGUAUGUUUCUAGGUGGUUUUUUUUUAUAAUUUUUUUACUGCACUUUUAUUAUUACAUUUUGCAAUUUAAACUCUAAUCAUUUAUUAUUAUUACCUUUUACAAGUUUUCUUGAUUAUCAUUCAGUUUAUUAUUAUGACCUUUGUUGUUUUGUCGUUUUUCUUCAUAUCUGUCAAUCUGUCAAUGUGACUAUCAUCUGACCCUUAAAUUUUGUUCUUCCUUACCCCUUGAUUAGUACGUUAACCUCAUUUGUUAUUUCUUGUCGAAUCCAUUUUUUUGUGAUACAAUCCAUUCUAUCCUUCUAUAGACAUACAUUUUCCAUAUAUAACUAUAUAUACGAAUGUACAGCUUAAGUAAAUGAUUUCGUCGAAAAGAAAAAAUUUUCUUCGCUGAAUUCUCUUUUUCUUAUU